GGGACGGUUGAAAUUUGAAACGGGAGAGUUGUGUGGAGGCCAAAUAACGUGCCGGACAUAGACGAUUUAUGGCUCCAACUCUUAGACCAAGCGGAUUACGGGAAGGAGAUGGCACUCCGUGCCGUGGAUAUACGAACCUCAAUACAGGAAUACAAAUAAAUUCGCAGCCACUCUUUGCAAACAGAAGGAAAAACAUGGGAACUCCGAAUGAAAAGGGGAAAAUCUUUCAUACUCCACGUCAUCGAUUGGUAACACCCUUAAUUUCAAACACACUUGAUCAUCUAAUCUCCAGUGUUGAAAACAGCCACAAGAAGUCAGAAAAAGCAGUCAGCCCAAACCUUGCAAUGCUUAGAAUGACACCAGGUCUUCAGCAGAAACAAAAGAUUUUACAAGAAAAACAUCUAAAAGCAAAAUCUGCAGUGGACAAGUUUCCUAUAGGCGGUGGAAUUAGUUUAUGGCCAGAAAUGGACAAUAUGAGACUUACUAAAGGCGAAGUGAUUAGUCUAGCUAUAACAUCUUUGAUGCUAAGUGUUGCUGUUUUCAUCAUGUUUGAAUAUCUGCAUGGCCCAUUACUUUUACGUUUAAAUCUCUAUAGCGGAAAAGUGAGAGCAUUCCACAGAGACCAUUCAAUUUCGAGCCGCUCAGAGCCAGCCCUCAAUCAAUCACUCAUAAGGUGGCACAAAGAUUUCUGGAAUUUAUUGGAUAAGAUUCAAUGGCAAUUUGAAGCGCCCUUUCGUGUGACCUUCAUUCUAUAUGUUCUGCUGUAUGUUGCUGGGAUAAUGAUACUGCUUUACUACCUCGCAGAUAACAUGAUUCAGAAAAGCAGGCUCACUCCAAAGAGAACAAAGAAAUGGUUGGUUCUGCUGGUUGUUGCUGCAUCAUGGACCUUGCUUAUGAUGAAGCUGCUGAUUGCUGCUCACAAUCUUGAACAUGCAAUUGAAGGAGCGGUGUACAGAUUAAUAGAAGAACUGGCGGACCUUGCAGUAUCGGGGCAUGAUCUUCGCUGCUACCAUGACGUUGUUAUCUAUUGGCGAUUCCGAUGCCUUCCUCCAACAAAAAGGGGGAUUCUGAAAAUAUUUGGGUUAAUAAAAGUCUACGAUGCCUCAUUUUACUUUCAGUAUUACAGCCUGCCAGUGAUUACAGCAUUGUGCACACCAGUUGUUAAAUUAUUACUCGCAUUGAAGGCGGUCUACACCGGCCCAUGUGUCAACUAAAUGGACAAUUGCAAUUAUAAUUUUCUUCCAUAUCAGAUCGUGGGAACAAUGCCACAUUACUUUUUAAAAGUGUGUAUGCCUAUUCGAAUGUUCAAUUUUUUACUUAAAUGACAUGGAACAUUUUAGUUUGCAAACUAGAACAAUAUUGAUGUUAAACCUUAACUGAAUCUAGAACACAUUCUUGUGAUCUUAUUGUCUGCUCUGUAUAACUAAUUUAUUUGAGAAAAUCUUUCUUGGGAUUAAUGUUUUGAUGCAUUUUAUCACUGCUGCUGUGUGAAAUGUCAAAACUAUUAUUUUAAAAUUAUCUUAACUUUUGAAUGAUUUUUAUAAUUAAGUGGGUUUAAUUAUGCUGGGAUCUUGCAUAAGAUCGCAAACAGUAUUCAAUUGUAUUGUGGCAGCUCUGUACCUCAAUUCCCUGUAAAAUAGUGAAACGCAUUGAGCCUAAUAAUGUUGCUAUUAAACGAUGUGCUGGAAUGAAUUUAAACUUAAUGAAAUUACUGCUGCUCCUACAGUCACGAGUCCAGAGCUGUUCUCUUUGAUGCCCAGUCAGGUCCCUUAAUGCUCAGAUAUGUGUAAACCGCUCAAAGCUCUGGUUCUAUGUAUAUUGCAGAGCAAUAGGAGGCAUUCUUGUUGCAAACACAUCUUCCCCCAUUGCUAUAACCAAACAAAAGCUUUUGGCUGUAUCUCGGUACAUGUGACAAUAAUAAACCUAAAUCAAUAUCAACCAAA